GGCGGUCGAUCAGGCGCGAUUUUAAAAUGGAUUCCUUGUUAACAGACGUGGCCUGCCAAAUUGUCAUCCUCUUUUCCAGAUUCUAUGACUUUAUGUAGUAAAAAAAGACCGAUUUGGUAUGAUGGCAAACAUGAGGCCACAAAAACCAUCGAUAAAUAAGUCAGGAAGCAAUUCGUCAAGUAUGGCCCUUGCUGCUGUUGCUCUUCAAGACCAUAUGACUCGUUCCCUGUCCCUCCAAGAUCCGUUCAAGAAGAAGAAAAUCAACCACAGUUUACCAGCAGCGUCUAAAAAGAAGACAACUAAGGCUGUUGGAAAGUGUGAUGCCAAAGAUGAUCAUGAAAAGAAGGAAUACGUUCUCGAUCCAAAACCACCACCCCUUACUUUAGCGCAAAAACUUGGCCUUGUUGAGGCUCCAGGAGUUCUUCUAACUGACAAAGAGUGGAAAGAAGUUAAAAAGAAAUCAAAUGAAAGGCAAGAUUCAUGUCAGCCAUGUGUAAUCUGCAAAGAAGACUUUGGUUUACAACAGCAGGUUUUGUUGUCAUGCAGUCAUGUUUUUCACAGGACUUGUCUUGAAGCAUUUGAAAAGUUUUCUGGGCGCAAAUCUUGUCCCAUGUGUAGAAAAGAACAGUACCAAAGAAGGAUUAUCCAUGAAGGUGCAAAGGAGCACAGAGAGAAAUGUGCGACAAGAAUACAGGCUGCCUGGCGUGGUUACAUUGUACGACAGUGGUACAGGAAGUUAAGGCAAACAGUACCACCAAAAGACCCCAAACUUAGAAAGAAAUUUUAUGAAGACAAGUUUCAGGAUAUCACUGAUCGUCUCCUUCAAUCAAUGGAAGCCAGUAACCAGAGUGUUGAUAAUCUGUUGUUAGAGAUUGAUCAAUCAAUAGCCGCUAGUCGUGACACAAUGAGACAAUUGGACGGAAACAAUGAAGACACAAUGACCGAAAAAGACUGGGAUCAAGUUCAACUUCAGGCCGUUCGUAGAAGUGUCACUGACUGUCCGAUCUGUAUCAUGCCACUCACUGACCAAGGACUGUACAGGAAAAACUCCCCAUCACGACCCACUGUUCUUCUGUCGUGUUCACACGUGUUCCAUUCCACGUGUCUGCAGGCUUUUGAAGAAUUCUCCCUUGAAAAACGCCGCGUGUGCCCUGUCUGUCGGUCCUCUUACCACAAGAAGAUAAUUUAGAGGCCGUGAUACAAAGGAAAGUUUCAUCUUUCAUACACGAGCCGAUCUUUGGCUUUCAAAAAUAAGUUGUUUAACGGGGAGAGGAUAUUUUCAGCAAUGGCUCUGUGUUCGAUUAUUUUAUGAUAAAUGGAGGAGUAAGGUGUUGAUUGGGAAUGAGACUUUUUGAAUGUUUCCCCGCAGUGGGAGACACCACGUCACCAGUCAAUCUCCUGGCAUGUACUAGACCUAUUUUGGACAAAAUCUUUUCUGAAAAACGAUGAAAAUCAAGAUUUAGAGUAGCGUUCUGAAUAUUAAAAUGAUGUUGGCACGAUUCUGUCAAUUUUGUUUAGUAUUCACGCUGUUUACAGGUCCUCCGGGUGCAGUCAAUGUGAUUCAUAAUG